AAUUUAAGUCCAUGUUAUGCAUCUUUGUUUUGGGAUUUAAUCCUGUGAUCUCGUGUUUUUGAAUGAAUGCAGGUUCUUGGACCUCUUGAAUUUAAGAUGAAGAGACGGGCACAAGCAUCAGACGAGCCUCUGAAGAAGAGGAAGGCUGUCCGUGAGGACUCCUCUGAUGAAGAUGAGGAGUCUUCUCAAAGAACCACCAGUCAGGACUCAAGUCAGAGUGAGUCUCUCAGCGAUGUUGAGGACCACAAACCCAGUUUCUCCAGGCCUUCUAAUUCCCAGAAUGCCGAGGGCAACGAUGCCUCUUCUGAAGCCUCUUCCAAUUUUUCUAUGUAUAACAGAGUCUCUCAGAAACUCAUGGCCAAAAUGGGUUUCAGAGAAGGCGAGGGUUUGGGAAAGUUCGGUCAAGGGCGGAAAGAGAUCGUAGAAACAUCGACCCAGCGUGGGAGGCGAGGUUUGGGUCUGACCCUGAAGGGCUUCCAGGGUGACCUCAAUGUAGACUGGCAAGAUGAGCCGGAGCCAAGUGCUUUAGAAUCAGUGACGUGGUUUCCAGAAAGUUCUCCAGAGAUCCCAGAUGCAGAUGAGCUGAAGGACUGGAUGACUAUGGGCCAGAAAAAAUUAAAAAUUGAUGAUGAAACGGAAUUUUGCUCUGAGAAUCUACUGCAUCUCCUUCUUCGCUGCAAAACUGUGUUUGAUAACUUGGAGGGGGAGGAGAUGAGGCGAGCGCGUACUCGGUCAAACCCUUAUGAAACAAUCCGAGGGGCUUUCUUUCUCAACAGAGCUGCUAUGAAGAUGGCGAACAUGGAUCAUGUUUUUGACUAUAUGUUCACUAACCCAAAGGAUUUUCAAGGGAAGCCCCAGACGCGUGAUAAGGAUGGUGAGUUGCUGUAUUUUGGAGACGUAUGUGCAGGACCAGGAGGAUUCUCAGAGUAUGUGUUGUGGCGGCGGCACUGGCAUGCGAAAGGUUUCGGGAUGACGCUCAAAGGAGCCAACGAUUUCAAACUGGAAGAUUUCUAUGCUGCUCCCAGCGAGCUCUUUGAGGCCUAUUAUGUCCAGCGUACUUUGUACAAAGCACAGCUCAAUGGAAGGGGGAUGCGGAAAAAGCCUUUUCUGCGUACUGCCAACAAGCAGUCUUGUUUGAGCGCUUUGCAUGGGCGGAAAAUGAACACCGCAUUCCAGGAGAAGAACCUGCUCCCUACUGUAAAAUUUGGUGGAGGAUCCAUCAUGCUAUGGGGAUGUGUGGCAAGCACAGGUACUGGAAACCUUGUCAAAGUUGAGGGUCGCAUGGAUUCCACCCAGUAUCAGCAGAUUCUUAAGAAGAAUGUUCAAGAAUCAGUCAAGAGGUUGAAGUUACAAUGGGGAGGCCAUUUUGUGUGCAAGACGUUUGACCUGUUCACACCGUUCAGCGUGGGCUUGAUUUAUUUGCUCUACCUCUGCUUCGAGAGGGUCUCGCUGUUCAAACCCGUCACCAGCCGGCCUGCCAAUUCAGAGAGAUAUGUGGUGUGCAAGAGUUUAAAGCCAGGCACCGAUGCUGUCAGAGAAUACAUGUUCACCAUCAACCUGAAACUGAAUCAAUUCAGACACUCAGACAGAGACGUUACUGAAGUCGUCCCUCUGGACAUCAUUAAAGGAGACACUGACUUCUUCCAAUUCAUGAUCAACUCCAAUGAAAGCCAUUGUGCAGUACAAAUCAAAGCGCUGGCUAAGAUCCACGCGUACGUCAGAGAUACGACACUGUUUGAGCCCAGGCAAGCAGACAUCCGCAAAGAAUGUCUCAAACUGUGGGGGAUUCCUGAUAAAGCCAGAGUCACUCAUCCAACAUCAGAUCCGAAAGCAAAGUUCUCUGAGCUCGUGAAGAAUAGAAGAGUUAAAUAUGUGGUGUGCAAGAGUUUAAAGCCAGGCACCGAUGCUGUCAGAGAAUACAUGUUCACCAUCAACCUGAAACUGAAUCAAUUCAGACACUCAGACAGAGACGUUACUGAAGUCGUCCCUCUGGACAUCAUUAAAGGAGACACUGACUUCUUCCAAUUCAUGAUCAACUCCAAUGAAAGCCAUUGUGCAGUACAAAUCAAAGCGCUGGCUAAGAUCCACGCGUACGUCAGAGAUACGACACUGUUUGAGCCCAGGCAAGCAGACAUCCGCAAAGAAUGUCUCAAACUGUGGGGGAUUCCUGAUAAAGCCAGAGUCACUCAUCCAACAUCAGAUCCGAAAGCAAAGUUCUCUGAGCUCGUGAAGUUGCUUUUGAUUAGGGUUUAUCAUCAAAAUGCAAGAAUUUUUUUUGGGUGCAGAAUCCAGAUGGCGGAGAAGUUUGUGAAAGCUGUGUCCAAACCCAGCAGGCCAGACAUGAACCCCAUCCGUGUGAAGGAAGUGUAUAGGUUAGAGGAGAUGGAGAAGAUCUUUGUGAGGUUGGAAAUGAAGGUAACCAAGAGCUCGGGAGGGAUGCCAAGACUGUCAUACACGGGCAGAGAUGACCGUCACUUCCUCCCCAGUGGCCUUUACAUCAUCAAAACAGUUAAUGACCCUUGGACAAUGGCGUUCAGCAAAAGUUCUAAAAGGAAGUUUUUCUACAAUAAACAGACCAAAGAAUCAACUUAUGCACUGCCGCCUGGUUCUGUGGCACCUUUCCAUGCAUGUCAUCAAGACAGGCUGUUUUGGGCUUGGGAGGAAGGCGUCCGAGUUCACGACUCCCAGACGCGGGUCAACCCCGACAAACUGUCUAAAGACGACGUGCUUUCCUUCAUCCAUCAGCACUGUCAACAAUGAAAACACACGUACACAUUGCAAUCACACUAAGGAACAUAGCACAGACUGUACAUUGUCCUCGCCACCAGGGGGCACUGUAGCUUUUACGAGAGUCCGCUGAGAAACAUUCAAACUCUUCACACUUCAAGGCUUUCUCCAAAAUAGCCCCUGUGAGUUAGAGGACAGGGUGUCUUGGUGCUCGAUGGUGUGUAUCUGCGUGUCCGUUAUCUUCAGAGGAGCAAGAAACUUAGAUGACAUUGCUUUUCCCUUGUCCACAUGUUUUUCUCCUGAGCUUUAAAAUCUGCUUCCUCACAUGAAUUAUUCCCCCACUAAUCGAUCGGAUGUGUAGCUGCACAUUCUAUUCAUCAGUGUAAACCAGAAGAUAACCAUGUAAAACAGCAUGACAGUGUGCAUUCGCUCUACUGUGUGCAUGUGUUGCCUUGUUUUUCUCAUUUUUAUUUAGUUUCUUUCAGCGUUUAAAAAUCUUAGACUGGGUAUUGCCAUUUCUGAUGAUCUUGGAAGAGGAUUUGAAUUUUAAACCUGUUCGUGAUGUUGAUUAGAUUAAACCACUGAGGAAGUUUAUUCCUUGA